GACAGCAGGCUAAUAUGAUUAGCCAUCUAUUAGGUCCGCGCGCGAGACAGACCCAGAUGCGGCGUGAGCGAGACCGUGGAGAGGAGGCGACUGACGAAAUGAAUGCGAAGCUCUGUGAAAUCGGCACCUGCGCUUCCUCAGUAGCACGGAGAGCACAUUUUCCAGCAUGAACUGACAGCCACGUAAUUUUCCCUCUUUUCUCCCCGGACGCAAGCGGUUAAAAGUCUGUUUAAUCCGAAUUUAUCUGACGUGAGAUGACGGGAAAGUGACCCUGAGUUAUGGGGUGUUUCAACGCGACCAACGGGACGGAGGGUGGCGUCGGUAGCAGUGCACCGCACUCGCUGCAGGUGUCUCUGGUGGUCCUCGUCGGACUGCUUAUCCUCCUGACUGUGUUCGGAAACGUGCUGGUGGUGAUCGCCGUGUUCACCAGCCGUGCUCUGAAGGCGCCCCAGAACCUGUUCCUGGUCUCCCUGGCGUCUGCCGACAUCCUGGUGGCCACGCUGGUGAUGCCCUUCUCACUGGCCAACGAGCUGAUGGGCUACUGGUACUUCGGCCGGGUGUGGUGCGAGAUUUACCUGGCGCUGGACGUGCUCUUCUGCACAGCAUCCAUCGCCCACCUGUGCGCCAUCAGCCUGGACAGGUACUGGUCCAUCACGCAGGCCAUCGAGUACAACCUGAAGCGCACGCCGCGCCGUAUCAAAUGCCUCAUCUUUAUCGUGUGGGUAAUCGCCGCGGUGAUCUCCUUCCCGCCCCUCAUCACCAUGGAGAAGGAGGGCGGGCGUGAGUGCAAGAUCAACGAGGACAAGUGGUACAUCAUCUCCUCCUGCAUCGGAUCCUUCUUUCUGCCCUGCGUCAUCAUGGUACUCGUCUACCUCCGCAUCUACCAGAUUGCCAAGAGCCGAACCAGGACGCCCCCUGGUGACCGGAGGAAGAAGGACGCCGGGAAGAAGGAGAACGGGCACUGCCAUGAGAAGCUGAAUGGCGAGGCAACCGGCGAACAGGACGCGGCCAACCACAAGGGUAACGGCAACGGCGUGGAUGUAGAUGAGUCAUCCUCAUCCGAUCAUAAGGAGGACGACCACUGCGCUGACAGGAAGAAAAGAGUCAAAGCCAAGACCAAGCUCAGCCAGAUCAAGCCGGGGGAUCAAGCCAUCAGACGCGAGCAUGCGCCCCCAGGUGGCGGAGGCAGGGGUGGCCGCUACAAGGGCCGGCUGAAACGUGAGAAGCGUUUCACCUUCGUCCUGGCCGUGGUCAUCGGCGUCUUCGUGGUCUGCUGGUUCCCGUUCUUCUUCACAUACACGCUGACGGCACUCUGCGACUCCUGCUGCGUCCCUCCCACCCUCUUCAAGUUCUUCUUCUGGUUCGGCUACUGCAACAGCUCCCUCAACCCAAUCAUCUACACCAUCUUCAACAAUGACUUCCGCAGGGCCUUCAAAAAAAUCCUCUGCCGAGGAGACAGCAGGCGAGGUGUGUGAAGCAGUUGCCGCCCGGGAUGGGGGGUGGGGUGAGGGUAUCAUGUGUUCUUUUAGCUCUGAAGUUGCUCUUUUGCCAGAAGGUUGGAGCAGCUUCCCAGACUCCAAUUUAAUGCAUUCUAAGACCAGCUGAAGUCAGUGAGAUCUGUGUAAAAAGAGCAGCUUCUCACCAACGCUGUUUUCUGGGGUUAUGUGUCUUUUUUUUUUUUUUUUUUUGUAACAGCAUGUACAGAGCCCAUUGGACUGAUGACUAGCCUCAAGUUUACUGAUUGCACAUUAGUGUGAUACCACAGAUUUGCGAGGUUAAGGGGUGUGUGUACAGUAAACAGUGAUACAUUCUGCGUACUAAAUGAACCGCCCGGGUUUGGCAACCUGCUUGUAUAAUGUACAUCAUUCAGGCACUAACAGCACGAUAAGGAGAAAAUGUCCCCAGGUGCUUUGUUCUGUAAAUAUUGCAAAUCACACAGUGGGACCUACAAGGAAGACACACAUUCACACAGUCACAGGACAGCUGGUGACGUGUUCUCGUGCGUGCUCAUCAUACGGUUUCUGUAUGUUUUCUGUGCAUUGUAUUUAAAUAUGCAUAUCAUGAAUGGCUCCUGUGGUGUUUUGAUUAUCUUAGCAUGCUAAGA